AUGCAGAGCAGACGAGGGGAGAGCUGCAGUUCGACUGGAUCCCCAGCUUUUGGCACAGAAAUAUCAGUGAUCGCCACCCCGCAAAUCAUUCGGUUCCAGAACCCCGCCUCAACUCGUCGCAAGUCACCUGGUCUGCUCCAACUGCCUCUGCUCCCACCUGGGGCGGCACAGUUUCUCGCAUCGAGAUUGGAGAUGGACGGCGUCGUCGAUGCUAGCCUUGUCACUACGAGGUACCGCUCGACCUCGACCAAGCUGUACGGGCUAAGCAUAGCGGCGGGCACCUACGACUCGCUUCACCUGCUUGGCACCCCUCCCAAGGCCAGUCCGUCCCAGCCAUUCCAUAGGCCAGCCGCGAGCCGGUGGGAGCUGCAGAGGCCUAGGGACGAGGUACCAGCAGCUGAGACAGCAUCACGCGACGCCUUUUCUGCAGCAGUUGAGCGACUCUUGCAGCAGCUAUUGCGUUUGCGAUUGUUCCAAAAUCUCCGAGUGUUACGAAGCUCGGGUCCGCAGCUAUAG